GAACUUAUGUGAUUUUCAGUCAAGUGAAUCAAUAAAAUACUAGUAUGAAAUAAACCCCAAAUUGAAGAAACUAAAACCCCAAAGCAAAGCCCUUUUUGCAUCUGCUUAGUAGCCUCAACAGACAUGGCGACUUUCACCGCCAGAUCCCUCCUCCGCUCCGCCACUACCUCCGGCCGAACAGCCGCCGUUAGACUUUCCGGUAGUUCCAAACCAAAGGCCUCUCCCUCCCCCAUUCGUAUCCCUUCACAGAAACCACUCACCGCUCGCAUUUUCAGGUCACCUGUUGAAAUGAGCUGUAUAAGAGUGGAAACGUUGUUUCCAUAUCACACUGCUACUGCCUCUGCUUUGCUGAAUUCCAUGUUAUCUGGCACUCCUAGGUGCUAUGGUUGGACUCUUGAAGAUUUGUGAAUCAUGCAGCUGAUAUUGAUUGUUGAUGAGUUAAUUCCAUAAUAAGCCUCGAGAAAAUUGAAUCAGAUAGUUUGUCGGAUCGAAAGUUGUUUAGCAUAUACAUUUUGCCUUUACAAUUGUAGUUGCUAAGAUGUAAAUGACAGUCUAAUACUGGGUAUUUAAUCAGAUUGCAAGGAUGAUGUAUGAAUGUCAAAGAGUUCAAGUGAAGCUUUAUGUCCAAGCGGUCUAAGAGAAUAAAUACUAGAGUACUGAAUAAGAACAUGGGACUCUUUCCCUUUCUAUGAAUUCUGGCUUCUAUUGAAGUAUAUUAUCAUUAUCAAUGGUAUUUACAUUUUGAAGUCCUAAGUUA